AUGGACGACCACGCCACGGCUGCCAGCCAGCCCGGCGGCAGCGGCCGGAUGCUGGUCAAGUUCGAGACCAAGUCCAACCGCGUGAAGGGCGUCGCCUUCCACCCCCGCCGGCCGUGGGUCAUCGCCUCCCUGCAUACGGGUGUCAUCCAGCUCUGGGACUACCGUGUGGCUGUCCUGCUGGACCGCUUCGACGAGCAUGAGGGCCCCGUUCGCACGGUCUCCUUCCAUGCCACCCAGCCGCUCUUCGUGUCGGGCGGCGACGACUACAAGGUCAAGGUGUGGAAUUACAAGCAGCGCCGCUGCCUCUUCACCCUGACCGGCCACCAGGAUUACAUUCGCACGGUGGCCUUCCACCACGAGUAUCCGUGGAUCAUUUCGGCCUCCGAUGACCAGCUCUUCGUCAAGAACAUGAACAAUGAGCUUGUCCGCCAGUACAAGGUCCCGGCCAAUGCCGACCAGAUCUUCUUCACCGGGUCCUCCCAGGUGAUGCUUCGGUCUGACGACUCGGUGGCCAUUUUGGAUCUGCAGCACCCGGGCGGGCGUAUUGCCCACGAGCUGGCCGUGGCCAAUGUCAAGUAUGUCAUCUGGAGCCAGGAUAUGCAGUUCGCUGCGCUCAUCUCCCGCCAUACCAUUUGCCCGACGCCCUUCUCACACCCAAGCAUGAUGCCGCCUUCCGCGCCCGGCCGACAGAUUGCCCUGCACUUUGUCCGCGAUGAGGUGACCCGCUUUAACCUGGCCCUCGAGUGCGGGAACCUGCCCCUGGCUCGCGAGAUGGCUGUCCUGCUGGAUCGCGGUGACACCUGGCUCAAGCUGGCCGACGAGGCCAUCAUGAUGGGCAACGUGCGCAUCGCCGAGUCGGCCCUGCGGCGGUCACGCACGGCUGCGCACCCCUCGACAGCGGCGGCCCUGUCCGCCGGCCAGGAUCGCCUGACCCUGCUGAAUCUCAUCACCGGCGAGCACCAGAAGCUGACCGCCGUGCCGGACAACCCGAUGCUUAGCUACAACAAUGCCCUCUUCACCGGCAACGUCGAGGAGCAGGUUCGCGCACUCCGCGACUCCGGCCAGCUCCCCCUGGCCUACAUGACCGCCAAGAGCCGCGGCCUGGAUGCCCUGGCCGAGGAAAUCCUCCUGUCGUCGGGGCUGGUGCCGCCGGCCGCCGACCCGGAGACCGGUGCCCCGGUCCCGGUGACCACCAUGACCCCGGAGCUGCACCAGCACCUGGCCGGGAUCCUGUCCCCGGCGCUGGCCCACCCGGCCCCGGUGGCCAAGACCCUGGAGGUGGCCCCCCAGCCGCUGGUGGACCUGGAGGACCCGAACUGGCCGGUGUCGGCUGACGCCGGCCCCGAGGGCGGGUCCUUCCCGGCGGCGCCGGCCGCCACGUCGACCGCUUCGGCCCCGGUUUCGGCCGGGCUGGAUUUCGACUUCGACGAGCCCAAGCACCCGGGCACCGGCGGCUCGGCCAGCAUCGGGGCCGCCCCGCCCACCUAUCCCGGGGAGGAUGUGUCCUUCGGCGGCCUGGAUCAGGCCACCUCGGGCACGGCUGCCGGGACGACGACGGGGGCGCCUGGUGGCGGUGCGGCGACCACCGUCGCCGCCCCCUCGGGCGACUGGCUGUCCGAUGACGGGCUGGAUGAUCUGGGCCUCGAUGACGACCUGGGCCUGGAGGAUGCCAUGGGCGGUGGCGACAUCGGGGGACCGGCCGGGGCCCGGGUUGGCGGUGGCCCUGGCGCGCCGCCGGCCUCGGAGCUCCUGCUGGAGGCCCCUCUGCCGGCGGUGGCGGUGACGGACGCCUGGCUGGGUGCCCCGUUCGCGGCGUUCCACAUCGCGGCCGGGUCCUUCGACACGGCCAUGGCCCUGCUGCGCGACCGGUUCGGCAUCACGGACUUCCAGCCGCUGCGCCCGCUCUUCCGGACCAUCUACCAGGCCUCCUACUUCCAGGUGCCCACCAUCCCCGGGUACCCGGCCCUGGUGGCGCCGCUGCAUGACCUGCACUCGGGCGGGGACCACGGCCCGGCGGCGCCGCUGCAGCUGGCCGCCUUCUCGGUGGCCGGGCUCAACCGCCAGGUCAAUGACACCCUGGAGCUGGUGACGGCCGGGCACUUUGGCCGGGCGCUGGAUGACUUCCGUGGGAUCCUGCAUGCGGCGCUCUUCAUGACGCCCCACUCGCUGGCCGACCGGGCGGCCGGCCUGGCGGACUUCAGCCUGGUGGAUGCGGCCCAGGCCCGGACCAUUGCCCUGUGCCAGGCGUACAUCCUGGCCCUGUCGAUUGAGUUGACGCGCAAGGCCCUGGACGCCGCCCUGGAAGACCGCCGCGCCGAGCUGGCCGUGCACUUUGUCUAUGCCGGUGGGUGCUACAUGCUUGCCAACCACAUGGCCCUGGGGCUGAACUCCGCCAUGCUGAGCACCUUCCGGGCCAAGUGCUUCGGCACCUGCUCGCAGAUUGCCAGUGUCCUGCUGUCGCCGAUGUUCCCCAACCUGGCCCCGGCGCAUGAGGCCACCGCGCAGAAGGUCCUGGCGGCUGCCCGGCAGAAGGGCAACCGCAACCUGGUGAAGAUCGAGGUGGCGGUGCCCGGCGCCCCGGGCACGCCGCUGCCCACCGAGGCGCCGGUGCCCCUGUGCGCCGCGGACUUUGUCCUGCUCCCGCCGUCGGCCAAGCCGGCCAGCUGCCCCCUGUGUCGGUCGCAGUACAACCCCCAGCAUGCCGGCACCACCUGCCGUGUGUGCCAGUUGGCUCAGAUUCUGUGA